AUGAUUCAGGCGGACGACAACUACACUCAAGUGUCAGCAUUUGUUAUUGUGGGCUUCCCGAGUCUCCAGCCGGAGUAUUUUGACAUCGUGGGAUGGUUCUUCUUCUUCCUGUACGUGACCAUAGUGUUGGGAAACCUGCUGCUAGUGGUGGUGUUCGCUCUGGAGCACAGCAUCCAGAAACCCAUGUACAUCAUCAUGCUCAGCCUGGCCCUCUCAGACAUAGGGUUUCCAACUGUGGCUUUACCAAAACUAAUUGCUCGAUACUGGUGGAAUGAUGGGAGACUCAGCUUUCAAACAUGUCUGUUCCAGAGGCACAUGAUCCAUUAUUUUGGCUCCUUAAACUCUCUUAUUUUAUUAACCAUGGCCCUGGACCGUUACUUUGCCAUCUGUUUUCCUCUUAGAUACCCGACGGUGAUGACAAACCAAACCAUGACAGGCCUUACCGUCCUCACCUGGGUGGUCGCACACAUCUUCCCAAGUGUUAGCUCCUACCACAUCCCCACCAUGUUGUUUUGUGGGCUCAACAAAAUCAUGAAUGUGUUCUGUGACACCAGAUCUGUAGUAGCUCUAGUGUGUGGAGACAUCAGCCGCAAACAUAUGCAGUCCUUCGCUACGGCUCUGUUUAUUCUUUAUGCUCCUCUGUCGCUCAUCGUCAUCUCUUACAUUGCUCUAAUUGUCACAGUGCUGCACGUGGACAGUGGAAAGGGCCUAGUGAAGACGUUCUCUACCUUUGCCACCCAGGGUUGCAUCAUUUCAAUCUACUACAUCCCACGUUUCUUUGUCUACGCAGCACCUUUCUUUCCCAGCCUAACAAUGACCCCUGACAAGCGUAUAGCAGCCACUCUCUUCUACAGUCUUUUCCCGCCAUUGAUCAAUCCAUUUAUUUACUGUUUGAGAACCAAGGAGAUCAAGCAGAUAUUGAGACGCUGGAUUCAGAAACGAAAAAGCGUUUUUCCUAAAAGCAUAAAAGCAUUUCCUAAAAGCAUGGUGAAAAUAGAAGAAAAGUAG